ACCUAUAUGUCUUAAUCACCAUCCACCAUAUGCAUCUAGUACCGUACCUGUUAGCUUACAUUGUUUGAUUUUUGGCAAAUUUAAGGAUUUCUGUGAGGAAGCCCCAAAAAGCGAAGAAGAACGCCAAACUACUGCAAAUAAAAUGUUAUUCACUUAUUUUGGCUACGAGAUGCAACCACUUGUACUUCCUCGUAGUUGCUAUACUGAUGACACUAUAAGCUAUUCCUCUGUGUAUCGUGGGCUUAAUGUGGAAUUUAAGUGGGAGAACUGUUGCUUCAACACCUUCCCAUAUCUCGAAAAUUUUACAAUUGCAG